AUGGGUCUUCGAACUGAUCAAAAACGAGUUAUUCUUCCCGUCUAUAAACCAACAGAUCAUACACCAUCGGUAUAUAAAGAUCCACAUUCUGAUCGAUUAAUUCCUGUCCAAUAUUUUCUUAACAAUCUUGAUGAUAUUGGUCCAGUUCAUUGGGAAAACGAACGGACAGCAGAUUUUUUCUUAAAAAUAGUUAGUUGUGAAGAAGUUGAUUAUUGUUAUAAUAAUACAACACAAAAAUUAAACACAUCUUCGUCAUUACCUAAAUGUAAUAAUAGGAAUAUUAAUGCGUUAGAAGCAUCAACUAUAACGAAUUAUUUUAAUAUAAUGAUGUUUAAUUAUCAUCAAUUAUUAUUAAAUAAUUUCAAUUUACAACAACAACAAUUACAAAAUUAUUAUCAACAUAAUAAUAAUUAUGAUAGUGGUUUUAUGACUCCCCCUGAUUCACCACAGAGAGAAGAAUAUUAUUACGUAAUAACUCCUGAUAAUUUCACAAAAUUUUAUGAAAAUGUGAAAUUCUUAAAGUUAGGAAAAGAAGCUUAUGACAUUUUAGAUAGUUAUAUAGCAGAAGCUGAAGAAGACGGAAUUGAAAUUGUAGGAGAAGGAAUUAUAGAAAUUUAUUAA